UCCCAGAAUCACGAUGGGGAAACACUUCCACUUGUAUGAGAACAUUUCUAAAGUGGACCCCUUUGAGGGGCCACAGUAUUACCUUGCCCCUAUGUGGGCGUUUUACCUUCAGACCGCAUUUAUGGGUUUCGUCUUUUUCGCUGGAACCCCCCUAAACUUUACCGUUCUUCUCGUCACAGCCAAAUACAAGAAGCUCAGGGUCCCACUCAACUACAUCCUCGUCAACAUCACCUUGGCAGGAUUCAUCUUUGUCACCUUCUCGGUCAGUCAGGUGUUUGUCGCAUCUGCGAGGGGUUACUACUUCCUGGGUUACACCUUGUGCGCGCUGGAGGCUGCGAUGGGAUCCGUAGCAGGACUGGUGACAGCCUGGUCUUUGGCUGUUUUGUCUUUCGAGAGAUAUCUGAUCAUCUGUAAACCUUUUGGAGCCUUUAAGUUUACCAGUAACCACGCUCUCGGUGCUGUCGCCUUCACCUGGUUUAUGGGAAUCUGUUGUUCCAGCCCACCUUUCUUCGGCUGGAGCAGGUACAUCCCUGAAGGUCUAGGCUGCUCCUGUGGACCUGACUGGUAUACUCACAACGUGGAGUUCAACUGCACCUCCUACUUAUACUUCCUGAUUGUGACCUGCUUCAUAAUGCCGCUCAGCAUCAUCAUCUUCUCCUACUCUCAGUUACUGGGUGCUCUUCGAGCUGUAGCAGCUCAGCAGGCGGAGUCGGAAUCAACCCAGAAGGCCGAGAAGGAAGUGUCCAAGAUGAUAAUAGUCAUGGUGGGAUCCUUCGUUGCAUGUUACGCUCCCUACGCCAUAACAGGUCUUUGGUUUGCCUUCUCUCCAGACGAAAACAAAGAUUAUCGACUCGUCACCGUCCCUGCAUAUUUCUCCAAAAGCUCGUGUGUCUACAACCCACUCAUCUAUGCCUUCAUGAACAAACAGUUUAACGCCUGCAUCAUGGAGACCGUUUUUGGGAAACCAAUGGAUGAAUCUUCUGAGGUUUCUUCAAAGACAGAAGUGUCAUCAGUGUCCACAGCUUCUUAAAGUUUACAACCAAAUACAUCUGAAGACAUUUCAGCACUUUCAAAAAAAACAUUAAAAAUAUCUGUAUGUGAUGAUUACUUAACAAACAACAUGUAAAUAUCCAAAACUGUUCUACUGCAUAUAUUUAUUUUACUGUAGAGCUUUUUUGUUUAGAUAAAUUCAACUCAAGAUUUUAAUAAAAAUCUUACAAAGAGUUUGUUUGCCCAAUAAUGCAGCUCAUAAAGUGACUGAAUAAAGCUGUUAGCUGUUUACACAAUUAAA